AUGGCUACCAAAUCGGAGCCGCAAAACCCAGAUUCUGGAGGGUCUUCUGGAGCAUCACCAGUCAGUGCAGUAGCUUUGAAACUCCCACCGUAUUGGCCCAACGACCCGGUGAUAUGGUUCGCACAAGUUGAGGCGCAGUUUCUUACCCGGGGCAUCAAAUCGGAGCUCACGAAAUACUCGUACGUGAUCGCAUCUCUACAACCAUCCAUUGCGCAGGAAGUAAGGGACUUGUUAGUCAACCCACCGGCUGAUAACCCAUAUUCCAAACUGAAGGAGGAGCUCAUCAAACGCACUAGCGAGUCGGAGCGAAAGCGCCUCCAAAAACUGUUGACUACAGAAGAGCUUGGAGAUAAGAAGCCCUCGCAGUUACUUCGCACCAUGGAACAACUCCUCGGCAAUAACACACUGGAGCCUGCAAUCCUGAAGCACUCAGGCCUGUGCUGCCGUUCCAGCACCAGCACUUGUUGCUACAGUCAAGCCAUCUGCUGCAUCGGAGAUACAGUUGCUUCAAGCUCAAGUCGAAAAGCUCACGGCCCAGAUGGAGUUGUUGGUGCGCCAGAACCAGUAUCAACACGGUCGGUCGAGGAGCCGCAGUCGCGACCAAAGCCAGCACAGACGCGAUCGCAGUUCUUCCGCGUCGGGGGACAACCCUACUGA